AUGACAGCCAAGCGCAAGUCACGGCAAAUGGACGAAGAUAUUGAGAUCAAGAAACUGCGCAACCGAACAUCUCAACAGGCUUUUCGUCGUCGACAGUCGGACUAUAUAAAACAGCUCGAGCGGAAAGCCAAGGCCUGCAAAUCGGACAACGAGCGCAUUAUCGAGCUCGAAGAAGAAAACACCUCGCUGCGGGAAAGCUUGAUCCAAUGCCAUACAAAAUUAGAGAGUCUGCGCACGACAAUAUGCACUCUUAGUGACGGUCUUGCUCGCACUUUGGAUGACCCUCACAGAAUUACGAAAACGACACCGAAAAGCAGGCAGAUAAGUAAUUUACGAGAGAAAAAGUCUUCUCAUGAGCUCUUGCACAUUUCUACGAAUAAUGAAAUUGCGAACCCUGGGGAAAAGGUGCAAGAUAUAUCAUUAGACAUUCCCCAGUUGUUCAGCAGUGACAAAUCAAACACUCUGAAUACUCCCGUCGACAUCGAUAUCACCGCUGAAUCUAACACCUCUGAAUUCGCUUGUUCUGGAUUAGUUCAAGAGCAAGAGCCGACCAUGAAGGCUCCCUUAUCAAAUAUUUGGCCUCACGAGUACCAGAUGGAACCAGCUUGGUAUGUUGACUGUUCAGCUGCCAAUGAUGCGAUCAGCCAACAACUGAAGAUUGAGUGGAGUCCGUCCAAUACGCCCUUUUCUGAGGAGGUUGAUGCUUUGAGGAGCAUUCUCAAAGCAAAAUGGGAUGGGAUGGAGCGGGACCCCGAAUGUUAUUCCCAUCUAUAA